AUGGUCAACAAGUACACAAUCAAGGUCGUCAACCACUCGGGAACCCCGCAACACUACGUCCUCUUCAACAAGCCUCCCCAAAUCGUUGGGGAAGUCCAGGGGCAGAUCUGGUCCAACGUCUUCGACACACACAACACUCCCAACGCCGGUGAUGCAAACUUUUCCGUCUUUCAGCAGUACUAUGGUGUCGCGGGCACUGCCAAUGAAGCCCCUGCGGUGGGUGUCGAGGUGGACUUGAAUAGUCCUAAAGAAGUGACACUCGGCUCUGCCAAACCCGAUGGAACACUGGUGCCGGGCACGACGCUCCAACUCGUGGUCAAGGACCACGCGCCGCAGUUGGCAACCACCCAAGCCGCUACAAGUUUUCUAAAAGCCUUUGAGGUCCAGACUGGCAAAGACUUUACCGCUGAGGAUGCGAAGAAGAGAAACUACUUGAUCGGGCUGGGUGGCAGUCGCACGGGAACUUCCUUCACCGCGCCUGCCGCCACUUUCAUACCCAAGCCUAACAUCAAGUACCAGAUCCAGCCCGUCAACGUCUUCUACGUGACCCAUGGCAAUUACAGCAAGGGCUCUCUCAUCGACGUGACCAAGACUGGACACGCAACAGUCACCAUUGACUUCGCAGAGCAGGGCAGAGACGACAUCGUCAUCGUUCACGACAACCAUGGCAACUUUCAAAUCCAGGCAUAA